CUGCAUGCUGGGCCCUGCAGGGGGCCGAGGAUUACCGUCUGUCUGGUGGAGAUUAGACCAUAAAGUUUUACCUGAGGAAGGCUCUGGAGUCUGUAGGAGACAGCUAAGUGUGUGAGAUAGACUUGCAAACAAGCGUAGUGUGCUAACUGUGCACUAAGCUGCAGAUAUGAUGCUCAAUAACUCAUAAUGCAAAUACAGUAAUAGGAUCUGGACGGCUGAGUCGAUCCAUAAAAAUAGAACAAUCCCACAGGAGCGUCUUGCUCACAUCUCUGCAACUGCAAAACCUGCUGGAGUCCGUCUACAAGGUCCUUGAGAGCUUACACACGAUGCAGAAGCUUUCAGCUCCCGUUCUGUGCAUGGCUGUGGUCGUGUUGUACGUGGCUGCCUCUCCAUCACCGAGUGAAGACGUGCUGAAAAAGCUGUCUACAGCCGGGGAACAGUAUUUGGAGGAGGAGAUAAAGCAGACUUUCCUUGGAGUGAAGCAGGUGAAGGUUAUGAUGGAAAAGAAGGAGGAGAAGCACAAACGCCUGAUGGAGGCCCUGAAACAUGGCAGCAACAAAAAGAUGGGGGUGACACAACUGGCAAAAGAGAUGGAGCACAAACUUGAAGAGGCUGAGCAGCAGUGUCGUGAGUCCACCAAAUCUUCGCUGGAGGAGUGCAAACCUUGUCUUGAAGAUACGUGUAAAGCCUUCUACGCUUCUACCUGUCGCCGUGGCUUUGCCUCCUUCUCAUUUAAGGUCGAUGAGUUUUUUAGGAAGAUGGUGACCCAGGCAGAAGCUGUUUAUGAUCAGAACCAGGACAAGGCAACUGCAGCUGAAAACCAGAUCACGGAGGACAAAACCAAUCUGGAGGUUCUCCAGGCUGAAGCAUCGUUCUCCCAACUGCUCUCCAACAUCAGCAUCCUGUACAACCACAGUGUCACAGUCGUGAAGAAGAUGCAGGAGGUGUUUGGUCAUUCCUUUCUGGCAGACCUCAGCUCAGAGCUUCAAAUAAGCUCACCUUCAGCUGCACAGGAUGGAUCAACCAGUGGGUUCUUUAAAACUUUUAGUUUGGAUCACCUCCUUGUGUCAGCAUAUGACUUUGGGAAGGAGGUUCUGGAAGAAUUCAGCUCCUCUAUGUCUGAUAUGAUGGGAGAUAUCCAAGGACCUGAUGGGUUUUCGGAUCCUCCAAGCAGAGAUGCAGGCUCGCUUUCUGCUUUUGAACAGCCUAGUGGAUCUCUGUGCAGGCGGCUCCGCAGACAAGCGUCCGAGUGCUGGAAGCUCCAAGACUUGUGUGAGGCAUGCAAAGAUAAUUUAAUAAGAGAGUGUCCGCAUGUCCAGCAGCUGCACGCUGAAAUGGAGGAGAUGCAAACCCUGUUGAAUGCCUCCAGGCUGCAGUACAACGACAGGCUGCUGCUGGUCCAGAGACACACAGCAGACACUCAGCGGUGGCUCACCAGCAUGCAGGACAAAUAUGCUUGGGUCACUCAGCUGUUGAACACCACAGUGGACCCGAGUAGCACCUUCACUGUAAUCACAUUGAGUCAAGAGCAGAAGGUGAAGAACAGCAAUCAUGCAACAGACAGCAGUGUGGCCGUGUCCAUUCUGGGCUCAGCACCAGUUAAGGUGCUGGUUACAGCUGAGCUACAGGUGGAUGACCCCGCCUUCAUCCAGUAUGUUGCCCAGGAAGCUCUGAAACUCCAGAAACAGCAGAUAAGAGGAUUGAAAUAAUGAAACUGUCCCUUCAUGCAGUUUCAUCGGAGGAUAAAGAAAAUGCAGUCUGAUGUUUUUUCACCAUUAUAAGCUUGUCUUUAUAAACCCUAAAACUGUUCAGAGUAGACCUCUCAAUCCCACAUACAAUUUGUGUUCUUCAUGGUCAUUUCCUGUAAAUGUCUAUCUUUAGAGUAGGAACUUUUUAUGCAAUAAAUGAUGCAAUA